AUAGCAAGAUAGGUACCUAGGUAGGUAAGUUACUACUACGACCUCCAUCCAUCUUCUUUUGUAUCUUCUUGUUCACGAGGCUGUCUGAUAGACGCCGUGCUUAAGCAUGUUGGCUUCAUAACAUUGCGCUUCUUACUCCAAGCUGCUUGCCAUGUCUUUCAGCAAAGUCUUUCGAAUCACAUACUGGACUUUGGCAGCCGGUGGACUGGCAUAUGCCUUGGCUGUUGGUGCCUUGACAUACCCUACAGUCCAGCGAAAUGCCGUAUAUGCUCAUAAGAUCAACCCGACAUUAUUUCAGGAUCUCAACAACACCGAGCAAUUUGGCUUCAUUCGCCAUCAGAUCCAACCCUUUACCCUCACCACUCCAGACAACGUCACCCUUUUUGCCUGGCACAUUCUGCCCGCCCAUCUAUAUCGUCAGCAUGAGCAGUCCUUGAAGGCUCAGUCCGAUUUCGGGCUCAAACCCUGGGAAGAAGCCGUCAAUUCAGUGGGCCUACAGCUUCUUCUGAACGAUCCCCACGCGGUUGCAGUGGUCAGCUUCCAUGGCAACGCCGCCCACAUUGCCUCAUCAUACCGUCCCUCAGCGUACCAGCAAAUCAUGAGCAGCUCAACCUCGGAGAAACCAGUUCAUGUGAUCGCUUUCGACUAUCGUGGUUUUGGACUAAGCACGGGCAGUCCCACCGAGGACGGCGUGAUUCAGGACUCGGUGACUGUGGUAUCUGCUCUGACAGGCAUUGACAGUGAUGGGAAUCACGCUGGUGCAGGCGUGGAUCCAUCUCGCAUCAUCCUCGUGGGACAGUCUAUGGGCACAUUCAUUUCGGCAGCCUUUUACCACGAGUGGGUAUUGAAUCUCGGACGAGCUCCAUUCAGGGCUCUGGUUCUCAUCGCAAGCUUCAGUUCAUUGACCGAGUUGCUGGAAUCGUACUCUAUCAAAGGAUUGACACCACCAUUGCUAUCGCCCUUGGUCUUUUAUCCCCGGAUACAGGCAUGGGUGCGUUCCACGAUUGUGGACAAAUGGGAUACGAGCCAGAAACUGGUUGACCUAGCACAGAAGCCCGACGUCAAGCUAGAUUUGACCAUGAUGCAUGCUCGAGAUGAUUUGGAAAUCCCAUGGCGACAAGGACGUACCAGUUGGGACCGUGUCCUGGAUGCCGCCACCAAUGGAACCAUUGAUUUUGACCGCAACCUUGACGACGAGGAAUGGAAGAGUCCGGAUGGCAAGAAGCGCCUUCGCUGGCAGCGCCUUCGACACGGAGGACAUAACAAGAUACCUGUCAGCGAACAUGCUAAACUUGUUUUCCUGGGAUUGAUAGAAGGAGACAAAUGAGGGGGUCCUCAGAUACAGUAGGAGCAAUCCUCACUACGGAGUCGUCACGCACAGGCCUACCACAGUAGGUGUUUGAGCCCUUAAAUGGUCCCCACCGAUAGAAGUUGGGGUAAGGUGGAUAAUGGAUAAUACCCUAAGCCUGGGAGACUAGCGCCUAUAAGGGUUGAAGGGUUGAGCAUUGUAAUUCGGUGCCUAAAGUAAUAGACGCUACCUGUUGCCAUGUGUUCAGCGGGCGAGUAUGAGAUCUGGUGGGGGACGAUAAUAAUAUACCUUGUGAGAUAUAUAUGUCACCGUGGUUUAGGG